CUCAUUCACGGACCUGACUGAAGUAACACUACAGAAUCUCCGUCUCCACCAUGUGACCAUCGCCCCGGCACAGCUGGAGAUGUUCUGGGUCUACAUCAAGGCUGACAUGCUGGAGAAGACACCCCAAUGGAGGUGACAUUCGCACGCGGGGAACAGUUUACAGAGAAAUUACGAAAGCUCAGUCUGGUCAACGUUACUUUUAAUGAAACCCUUAAUAUACGGCAGUGUGAUAAACUACAAGAACUGCAGCUGGCCACAUUAACAUUUCCUGACGACUUCCACCUGGACCUUUCCUCAUUCACGGACCUGACUAUAGUACCACUACGAAAUCUCCGUCUCCACCAUGUGACCAUCGCCCCGGCCCGGCUGGAGAUGUUCUGGGUCUACAUCAAGGAUGACAUGCUGGAGAAGACACCCCCAAUGGAGGUGACAUUCGCACAAGGGGAACAGUUUACAGAGAAAUUACGAAAGCUCAGUCUGAUAAACGUUGCUUUUAAUGAAACCCUUAAUAUACGGCAGUGUGAUAAACUACAAGAACUGCAGCUGGCCACAUUAACAUUUCCUGACGACUUCCACCUGGACCUUUCCUCAUUCACGGACCUGACUGAAGUAACACUACAGAAUCUCCGUCUCCACCAUGUGACCAUCGCCCCGGCCCAGGUGGAGGAGUUCUGGGUCUACAUCAAGGCUGACAUGCUGGAGAAGACACCCCCAAUGGAGGUGACAUUCGCACAAGGAGAACAGUUUACAGAGAAAUUACGAAAGCUCAGUCUGUACAACGUUACUUUUAAUGAAACCCUUAAUAUACGGCAGUGUGAUAAACUACAAAAACUGCAGCUGGCCACAUUAACAUUUCCUGACGACUUCCACCUGGACCUUUCCUCAUUCACGGACCUGACUGCAGUAACACUACGAAAUCUCCGUCUCCACCAUGUGACCAUCGCCCCGGCCCGGCUGGAGAUGUUCUGGGUCUACAUCAAGGAUGACAUGCUGGAGAAGACACCCUAAAUGGAGGUGACAUUCGCACAAGGGGAACAGUUUACAGACAAAUUACGAGAGCUCAGUCUGAUUAACGUUACUUUUAAUGAAACCCUUAAUAUACGGCAGUGUGAUAAACUACAAAAACUGCAGCUGGCCACAUUAACAUUUCCUGACGACUUCCACCUGGACCUUUCCUCAUUCACGGACCUGACUGAAGUAACACUACAGAAUCUCCGUCUCCACCAUGUGACCAUCGCCCCGGCACAGCUGGAGAAGUUCUGGGUCUACAUCAAGGAUGACAUGCUGGAGAAGACACCCCCAAUGGAGGUGACAUUCGCACGCGGGGAACAGUUUACAGAGAAAUUACGAAAGCUCAGUCUGUACAACGUUACUUUAAAUGAAACCCUUAAUAUACGGCAGUGUGAUAAACUACAAAAACUGCGGUUGGGCACAUUAACAUUUCCUGACGACUUCCACCUGGACCUUUCCUCAUUCACGGACCUGACUAUAGUAACACUACGAAAUCUCCGUCUCCACCAUGUGACCAUCGCCCCGGCCCGGCUGGAGGUGUUCUGGGUAUAUAUCAAUAAUCAGAUGCGGAAGAAGACACCGCCUAUGGAGGUGACAUUUGCAAAUGGUGAACACUUUACAAAGAAACUACGAAAGCAAAGAAUGGACAAUGUUCGCCGUACCACAUGUACAUUAUCGUAAAAGAUAAACGUGAAAUUAAGUUAUUUGAAAAAUGCUAAGGGUAAGUAAUCUGGACGUUAUCAAUAUAUAUGUCAUUUUCAUGAACAAUAUUUUCUUAUUAAUAUAUCCCACAGUUAAAUCAGUUGAAUAGCUAAGAUUUGUGCAAGUUAUCCAAUAUAUCUUAAACAUUUAAAAAAAAAUGAAUUUACUUUUCUUUUUUACUUCUUAAAGCUGCACACUCACAGAUUAACCAUUUUUACAACUUUUUUAAUUUUUGUCUUGGAAAGAGCAAUUUUUUACGUAAAUAUCUGCAAACCAAUGAUAAAAGAUUGCUGACAAAUGAUCGGAUCGCAGAUUUGCAUAUUUCCGUUCGAAAAUUAAUGUUUAAUGGCUUUAACCUUACUAACGGUUAAAGUAAAAUGCAUAAAACCUUAACCUAAAUCUGAGAUCUAAUAUUUUGUCAGCAGUCUUAUACAACUGGUUUCCAUGGAUUUUCGCAAAAAUUGGCUUGUUCC